UAUAUGUCUGUUCAGAACUUUGAGGCUGAAUAAACUGGUUCAUAUCACCAAUAUCUGAAGCAAUUUGCAUAACUAUUUACUGAUCUCAAGCGCUAAAAGUACUCUCCAGUUUCCAUUUACACCUCCGCUAUUGCAUCGUUUCGUCCUGCUCUUCUCAAGGAGUUAACGAUUGAUCUGUUGGUUUUCGGUGAUCGUGUGGUAGUCCGCUUGUUUUCCGCCAGAGAAUUCAUUUUCUCGAUGCUCGAGUGAUGCCGAUAAAAGGAGGAACAGAGAGGAUGCUUCAGUAGGAACUGCUCCUUGCGUUUUCAUCCUCCUCUUCUGUCUCUGCAUCAUAUCCUUUUAGUUUGAGAGAUGAUUGAAGAGUGAAUGGAUGCCGUGUGGAAAAGUGACACAACGAAGAUGAAGGUUCUAGCCAGCUACCCCUCUGCUGAUUUGCGUCCUUUAGCUCUGGUUUGCUCUGCCUCUGCUCAGGCCUGCAACUGGUUUGGUGGAUCUCCAUCAACGUCUUUGCAUUGUAACAUGGCAACCAUACUAGAAUCUUUUGUUGGAUCAUGUGUUACGAAGUUGCAAGAGAUAGUUACAGAGAAGGCCAUACUAAUUUUAGGUGUAAAAGAUGUUCUCAAAGAACUGCAAGGAAGGAUGGAGAGAAUACAUCAAUUUCUUAAUGACGCAGAGCAAUGGAGCUCAAAAGAAUCAGAUCAUAAUAAUUGUCUUGGUCAGCUCAGAGAGGCUAUGUACGACAGUGAUGAUAUUAUCGACUUGGCUAGAUCUAAAGGAAGCGAGCUAUUACCAGAUCAUUCUCUGUCAUUAUCAAGCAAAUCGAAUACAUGCAGUGGCCUUUCACCCUUCUCUUGCUUUUCUAAUAUCCAGACGCGUCAUCAGGUUGCUGUCAGGAUUACAAGCCUAAACAAAAGAAUAGACAAUAUUUUAAAGGAUAAAGUAAUUUCUUCUGUCCCAAAUAUACAACCUACUAGAAAAGGUUUAGACCUGAAACUGAGAAAAACUUCCAACCUUGCUGAACCCUACCUUGUGGGUAAGGAGGUCAUACAUGCUACAAGAAAACUAGUGGAUUUGCUAAUUGAACAUAAGGACAAGAGGUCUUACAAGCUUGCAAUAGUUGGAACAGGAGGAGUUGCUAAGACAACACUAGCACAGAAAAUAUACAAUGACCGAAAAAUAAAAGGAUGCUUCAACAAACAAGCAUGGGUUUGUGUCUCAAAAGAUUACUCUAAAAUUACUAUUCUAAAGGAGAUUCUUCAAAUAAUUGAAGUACAAUACAUGCAUGAUGAGUCAAUUGAUGAGCUCCUUACAGGAAAUUUUAGGAUGUGAUUAAAAUGAAUAAUUAAAUAAUGAUUUUCUCAUCAUUUUAAAAUUUUCCCAACAUUUAUUUCUCUUUACAGGAAAUUUAGUAUAGGAAAAAAAUA